AUGUCUCCACUUCUAAUUUUGACAAUUUUUUUCUCUCUGUUUCUGACCCUCAGGUUCACAGAGAUGAAGACCAAUAACUACAUCGAGAGCUCCUUCUGGAACUUUGACACUUUAUUUGUGCCCCAGCAACACCCGGCAAGAGAUGAGCACGACACUUUCUUCAUAAAAGACCCAAUGUAUGCCCAGGGUUUCCCAGAGGAAUAUAUGGACAAAGUGAAGACAGUUCACUCACAAGGAGGCUUCGGAUCUCAAGGGUACCAGUACGAGUGGAAACGGGAGGAGGCCCAGAAAAACGUUCUGCGGACUCACACCACGGCCGUCAGCGCUCGCAUGCUGUACCAACUAGCUCAGCAGCAGAAGGAUGGGUUCAAACCGGUGAAGCUGUUCUCGAUCGACCGUGUGUUCCGGAAUGAGACGCUGGACGCCACCCACCUGGCCGAGUUUAACCAGAUCGAGGGCGUCGUCGCGGACUACAACCUGACCUUGGGUGACCUCAUGGGAGUCCUACACGCCUUCUUUAAGAAACUUGGAAUUGAGAAGCUGCGUUUCAAGCCUGCCUACAAUCCCUACACAGAGCCAAGUAUGGAGGUGUUCAGCUAUCAUGAAGGUCUGCAGAAGUGGGUGGAGGUGGGGAACUCUGGAGUGUUCCGUCCUGAGAUGCUCCUGCCGAUGGGGUUACCUGAGGACAUCUCUGUCAUAGCCUGGGGACUGUCACUAGAGAGACCCACAAUGAUCAAGUAUGGCAUAGACAACAUCCGUGAGUUAGUCGGGCACAAGAUCAACCUACAAAUGGUUUAUGACAACCCCAUUUGCCAGUUGACUCAGUCCUGAGGUACACAGCUCAUGUAGUUACGUGUAUGUGACUAAACCACAGUGUCACCAUUCUGUGUAACACCCCUCCCACUGGUCAGGAGGCUUGAUAGCCAACACCUCUAAGUCUAAAGGGAGAAUUUGGGAUAUCCUGUUCUAUAGCACCCUACUCUGUAGAAUGCUGUUCUAUAAAAUCCAGUUCUGUGGAACCCUGUUCUAUGGAACCCUAGCUGUUCUGUAGAACCUUGUUCUGUGGAACUCUGUUCUGUGAAAUCAAUCCUGUUCUAUAGAACCCAUUUCUAUGGGACCCUGUUCUAUAGAAUCCAGUUCUGUGAAACCCUGUUCUAUGGAACCCUACAUGUAGCUGUUCUGUAGAAACCUGUUCUGUGGAACUUUGUUCUAUGAUCUGUGGAACCUGGGCAGUGAGAGGUUUUGUUACCCAGAAUAACAAAGUUCUGUUGCACAGACUAACAAAGGAUGGAGAAUACUAUGUGAUGAUUUAUUAUAUUGACUGUAAAACCAUGUUAUCUAUGAAAUAAUAUUGUUCAGGUCCUCGUAUUUGAAGAAAGAAAACUUAAGACAGUGCAAAGAAAACUAUACAGCAUGAACAACAGAAGUGAAUCCUAAAAUACCUUGUAUAACAUUACUGAUAUACAACUUUUAAGUUUUGUAAUAGGUAAAGAUGUCUUUGCACAAAUAAUGUCACAUCUUUAUCAGAAAUGAAAUAAAAAGGUGUACACUAUACAGCGUAGUGCUGCCUGAAAAUAAUGUGAAAUAAAAGUACAUGUAAUAAGACGUGAUAUUUAUAAUUGGUUGGGACCAGUUAAUGUUC